AUUUUCAUCACUCUCUCUCUCUCUCUCUCUCUACUGUUUCGCAGUCUUACAUAUUCGUCUCAGAAAUAGUUUUGGGAUUCCGCAGAAGCUCUUUUCGAAAUGGCGGCAAUUUACAGUCUCUAUAUCAUUAACAAAUCAGGUGGUUUGAUCUUCUACAAGGAUUAUGGGUCGGCGGGACGGAUGGAUACCAAUGAUAGCUUGAGAAUGGCUAGCUUAUGGCAUUCGAUGCAUGCCAUUUCUCAGCAGUUAUCGCCGAUUUCGGGUUGUUCUGGAAUCGAGCUCCUCCAAGCUGACACUUUUGAUCUCCAUUGCUUCCAAUCGCUGACGGGGACAAAGUUUUUUGUGGUCUGUGAACCUGGGACCCUGCACAUGGAAGGUCUGUUAAAACACAUCUAUGAAUUAUACACGGAUUAUGUCUUGAAGAAUCCCUUUUAUGAGAUGGAGAUGCCUAUUCGGUGUGAGCUUUUUGAUAUCAAUCUGUCACAAGCAAUACAAAAGGACCGUGUUGCUUUGCUGGGUAGAUGAACUAGCAUAGAACUUGUGUUUUGCCAGGUUGAUUUGAUCAUUUUCUUCAUGUUGACAUCUUAUAUAGAGGAUUUGUUUGGGUUUUGCCUAUCUUAAUUGGUCUUUCAAAUAUAGCUAAUCAAGUAUGGAAGUCAUCAGUAUCUGGUGCAGUUAGUGAAGGGUCUUUAACGGUGUCAAAAUGAUUUCAUGGGUGCUAUGCCAUGUCUUGAACUGUUCAAUAUAAGUUUGAGCUUGUCUUGCUUGACAUAAUUGGUCUGUAUCAGCAUGCUGAUGUUUUCUGCUCAUGUGUAUUUUCUCCUGCAGUAGUACUAUAAGCUAAGUAGCUGAUCCCAGGGGGUGCUUGGAAAGUUUUGUUGUAGAAAUUGAUUAUACCCCCAUAUGGCAGAAAUAUAUAUGAAUAGUUAAAAGGAAAUAAAAAUGGAAAAGUGAAUGACAGCAUUUGAUUAUCAAAA